AUUUUUGUUUUAUGUCGCUGGCCGCUGGAUGAAAUUUCAGUAGACUUAUAUUUUCUGUUUUACGGCAUCCGCUCAUUAAUGUGAUUUUAAUAUACAUAAUAUAUAUGUGUAUAUUUGCAAACUUUUGAGUAUGAAUAGCUCAGCAGCCAAAGUUGGUGAAAUUUUCACAGAAGCAGGUGCUGCUUUUAACAAACUGGCUGAAAUGACAAUGACACUACAUCCUUUAGGCGAACAAUCUACUAAUGCACAUGCAAAAACUCCUACUAAAAGAAAAGCAACAGAUGAACGCAUCUCAACACUUUCUGGGCCUAUUAUUAAUCAGAACCCUGGACAUACGAAACAGUCUGUGGGCAUGCAACAUGUUACACUGAAUAUGCUCAAUGCACAAGAAAAUGAAAUGGAUGUAGAUGACAUGGGUCGUGAUGUGAAAUUGGAGUUUGAAUCAAGCACAGAAGAAGUUGUCACAUAAAUAUAAUUAAUUAUAAUUGUUGUAUUGGACAUUCAUUGUACCAGUCUAGACAUUAUGUGGCUCUUAGGAACAUAUUUGAUCAGUAUUUACUAAUGAGUCUAGCCACAUGAAGCUGAUUGUAUAGUAAUACAAAGUAUAUAUAUGCCAUGUAUUUUGUAAACACACUAAAUUAUGUUCAUCUUGUGAAAAUAAUAUGAAAUAAUAUUAAUGGUAAAAG